AUGUACCAUAUAGUUGACAAUUGGUUAACAAGUUUCGACUUCUGCGACAACUUCUACCUAGCUGCGUGUGGCACCUAUGCGAGCCACCAUGCCAAUGGAUCCUACCACAACUUGCAUGAGAUGCUUGUCCACCAGAUGCACACGAAACUCAUGCAAGUAAUGGAGGAGCUGCAGCAGAGCUCGCAAACCUCGAACUUCGACCAGUCGAGUGUGGAGGCGAAGGUACUGCGAUACUACCGCAGCUGCCGCGAAUCCCCGCCAGAAACGCGAGAAAUAAAGCACUUCCUGCGACUGGCUCCUCCGGCAGAGGGACUCCCCUGGCCAUUGCUGGCCAACCCUGGCACUCUCUGGCCCGCAGAUCAGUUCAAUUGGAUGGACACCGUGGCCGAGUUGCACAAGUAUGGCCUCGACAGCCUUCUGAUCAAUGUACAGUUCGGGGCCAAUUCCCUAAUCAGUACGGAGCGCAUUUUUAGACUGCGCAAGCCCAAAACCGUCCAGAUAAAUUACAAGAAAGCGACUAGAGCUCUUCGUGCCCUGCGAAUGCCAUCGGAAGGGAUCGAUAAUCUCCUCCGGAGAAUAAGGAAGUUGGAAUGGGAUGUUAAUAACCUAACCGUACCGUGGGUCUAUCCAAAAGCUGGCAUAAUGACUGUAGAUCAGAUGGAGCGCAGAACGGGAUACAAGUGGCAGGAGUUCAUCGGGAAAAUAGUUGGCCACCGCAUUCAGGCCAACUUCCGUGUGGCACCCGCUGACUUGACCUACUUGACAGCCCUCAAGAAGCUAAUAGAUUCCACUGACACCGAGCUGCUGGCCCACUACAUGAUGAUUCGGUUCAUUCUGCACCUGCAAUGGGAAACCCCGGGCAGCGAUGAUCCCCUCGAAUGCGCAAUCGCUGUGCGGAGCAACAUGUACUUGGCAUCGAAUCUGCUCUUUGAGAAGCGCUUCCUGCCGAACCUCUCACUCUACACGCGGCAAAUUAAGAAGAUCUUCGAGGAGAUUCGCCAGCAGUUGCUUCUGAAAAUCGAGCGCAAUCGCUUGAACCUGACCGCCGAGCAGAAGGACAUGAUCUACCGGAAGGUUCAGAGUGUGGUCCUCAACCUAGGCAACAUGCCGGAGGGCAUGGAUCACAGGAGAUUUGCCGACGAGCACUACGAUGAUUUGGAUAUUCCUUGGACGGAUCUGGACUUCGCUCGAGAUCAUCUCAAGCUGCUUGAGUUUCGAACCCGUAAGGGGAUGGCAGCUAAGGAAAGCUAUAAGAAAUAUGAUAUCCUAUCCUAUUUACCCGAAAGUUUUGCACCACUCUACGCCGAACAAAUCAUCAUGGUACCCUACGAAUAUCUGCAGGAACCGUUCUUCCUGCCGGACAGCCACGAUGUUUUCAAGUUCAGCUUGAUGGGAGUUCUACUCGGUCACGAGCUCAUGCACUCCGUUGACACACAAGGAGUUACCUUCGACGACAACGGAAACGCGAACGAAUUGGGUUUGCAAAUAGCUUAUUCGCCUGGAUUUCAGAGCGCAGUGGAUCGCUUGGGCUUACGAAUUUUUUCCCCCACGGUGGGCGAACGCAUUGCGGAUGUGGGGGCUGUUGAUCUGGCCUACUCGGCGUACUUUGCAAAAUCCAGAAGCCGCAUUCGCUUCACUCGCCUUUCUCAUGAAAAGGUCUUCUUUCUCAAUAUGGCGCAGCGAUUCUGCACUGAUGGCCUUAGAUUCAAGUACGAAGUUCACGACGAUUUGCAAGUCCGUUUGGCGAUAAGCUUAAUGGGUAACGCCAGAUUCGACGCUGCUUUUAAAUGCAAGCAGCGCCAAAAUCCUUUCCAGCUGUGGUAA